UCUCUCUCUCUCUCUCUCUCUCUCUCUCUCUCUCCACUAUACCUAUUCCACCAUGCACACUCCCUCCUUCACAAACACAUCCACAAGUACUGAGAGUGCUGCCUACUUGGAACCCAGUGAUCAAGAAGAUGAAGACUCCACCAGUACUCUACUCACCCUUGGCCUUCCAGGACACCAAAUCUCCACCACUCGCCCCACCAAUUACCAUCUCCACCCUUCUAUCCACCCCCCAAAUUACCAAAACCCUAGUAGUGGUAAUAGCCAAGAUGGUGUGACAGUAGCUCUUCACCUUGGCCCAACAACUCCAGGAGCCAGAUCGAACAACCCUAGUAGCAGCGGCGUUCUUCCCCACGGACAAUACUGGAUUCCCAGUCCAGCCCAGAUCCUCGUGGGUCCAGCCCAGUUCUCUUGCUCUGUCUGCAACAAAACUUUCAGCCGAUACAACAACAUGCAGAUGCACAUGUGGGGACACGGCUCGCAAUACCGAAAGGGCCCCGAAUCGCUACGAGGCACGAAACCCGCGUCCUCUCUCCUGAGGCUCCCGUGCUACUGCUGCUCCGAGGGGUGCAAGAACAACAUAAGCCACCCGAGAACCAAGCCCCUGAAGGACUUCCGCACCCUCCAGACGCACUACAAGCGGAAGCACGGCGCGAAGCCGUUUGGGUGCCGGAGGUGCGGCAAGUGCUUCGCGGUGAGAGGGGAUUGGAGGACGCACGAGAAGAACUGCGGGAAGAUGUGGUUCUGCGUGUGCGGGUCGGAUUUCAAGCACAAGAGGUCGCUCAAGGACCACGUGAGGGGGUUCGGGGAAGGGCAUGAGGCGCAUAAUUGUCACGAUCUUGAUCGGGAUUAUAAUUUGUUUGGUGGCGGUGGUGAAGAUGGUGAUGAUCAUGGUGGGGGUUUAGGGAAUAGGGGUGGUGGACUGUUGAGAGGCAUGUGAUGGGGUCUAGGGUUUUUUGGUAGUGGAAACAUAAGACUGUUGGAUUGAUCACACAGAGAUCGAUCUCACUGAUUCUAAUUUGUCCAGAGAGAGAGAGAGAAAGAGAGAGAGAGAGAGAGAGAGGGAAAAGGACAAAGAGUGUAAGAAAGCCAUGGUUCUGUGUAUUAUUAAUGUUGAAUGUUCAAAGUGCCAGUUCGAUUA